UAGUCACGUGACAAUGUCGAAACACUAAGCGGAAAAAGCAGCUCUACGGCGAGUAACAUGGGACAAACCUGCUUCGCUUCAGGUCGGCGUUCAUUGUGAAAAUGGCUGCUCAUCUGAAAAAGCGGGUUUACGAGGAAUUUUCCAAAGUUGUGCAGCAACAGCCUCUUGAGGAGAUCCCGGCAAAGAAGCUUCGUCUAACCAAGCCUAGUAAAUCUGCAGCGCUCCAUAUUGACCUAUGCAAAGCCACCAGCCCGACAGACGCCCUGCAGUACCUCCUAAAUUUUGCACGCAAGCCGGUGGAGGCAGAAAGCGUAGAGGGUGUGGUCCGUAUCCUUCUAGAGCAUUAUUAUAAGGAGGUCGAUAACUCGGUCAGGCUGAAGAUUGCAUCACUGCUCGGCCUGCUUUCUAAAACACCUGGAUUCUCUCCUGACUGCAUCGUCGACGAUGUGAUUAACACUCUCAGUCAUGACAAGUCUAACCAGGUGCUGGCACAGCUGCUCGACACUCUGCUGGUCAUUGGCGCACAUCUUCCAGACAACACUGCAGUCACUCAGAGACUCUUCGAUGUGGCAUGCAAGCACCUUCAAAGCACUUACUUCGGGGUACGCAACAAGUGUCUACAGCUCCUUGGCUGCUUGGGUUCUGUUGAGAAACCUGUAAAUAAAGAGCUUGAGGCAGUACCGGGAACUUCCGCCGCACCCCUGAGGGACGUCCAGAGUCUCAUCAGUGAUUAUUUCAGUGACCAGGAUCCAAGAGUACGCACAGCAGCCAUUAAAGCCAUGCUGCAGCUGCACGAAAGAGGAAUGAAACUCCAACAGACGAUCUACAACCAGGCCUGCAAGCUCCUGAGCGAUGACUAUGAGCAAGUGCGCUCGGCUGCUGUGCAGAUGGUGUGGGUACUAAGCCAGCUUUACCCUGAAAGCAUCGUCCCCAUUCCAUCAUCCAAUGAGGAGAUCCGGCUGAUCGAUGAUUCCUUUGGGAAGAUCUGCCACAUGGUGAGCGACGGCUCCUGGGUCGUGCGUGUGCAAGCUGCCAAGUUGCUGGGCUCCAUGAGGCAGGUGAGCCCUCACUUCCUGGAGCAGACUCUGGACAAGAAGCUGAUGUCAGAUCUCAGGAGAAAGCGAACAGCACACGAGCGAGCCAAAGAACUGUACGCUUCCGGAGAAUUCUCCUCCGGCCGGAGAUGGGCUGACGAUGCUCCCAGGGAAAAAGUGGACACGUCAGGCGUGAACCUGAUCGACUCUGGAGCCUGCGGAGCUUUUGUGCACGGGCUCGAGGACGAGAUGUAUGAAGUGCGGAUUGCAGCGGUGGAAGCUCUGUGUUCCUUGGCCCUGUCCUCUCCUAGCUUCGCAGAGAAGUGCCUGGACUUUCUGGUGGACAUGUUUAACGACGAAAUCGAGGAAGUCAGGCUGCAGUCCAUCCACGUCUUGCGACAGAUCUCUACUCACAUCACGCUGCGUGAGGACCAGCUGGACACAGUGCUCGCUGUACUCGAGGAUUCAUCACGGGACAUCCGAGAGGCGCUGCAUGAGUUGCUGUGCUACACGAACGUCUCAACUAAAGAGUGCAUCCAGCUGGCCCUGCUGGAGUUGCUGAAGAACCUCGCCAAGUAUCCGACUGACCGCAACUCAGUGUGGAAGUGUCUAAAGUUCCUUGGAACUCGUCAUCCCACCCUGGUGUUGCCUAUUGUCCCUGAGCUCCUGAGCACACACCCGUAUUUUGACACUCCAGAGCCAGACAUGGACGAUCCUGCAUACAUUGCAGUUUUAGUGUUGGUGUUUAAUGCAGCAAAGUCUUGUCCCACAAUGCCAGCCCUGUUUUCAGACCACACGUUCCGGCAUUAUGCCUACCUCCGCGACAGCCUCUCGCACCUAGUGCCUCAGCUCAGGUUACCAGGCAGGAAGCAGAUGGCAGCUCUGGGCUCGGAGUCCUCGGGAAUGGAGUCGUGUAGCCUGGAGGCGGCACAGCAGUUCAUUCAGGAAAGUCUGGCUCGAGUCAGCAUCCUGCAGAACCUGGACUCGCCUGGAGCUCAGGAUUUGCUUGACUUUACCAUCAGAGAUUUGCAGAGGCUCGGGUUGCUUCAGACAGAGCUGGCUGGAUCUGCUGAUUUUUGCGCCACAUACCUGCACUGUCAGCUUCUUCUAAUGAAGGCUCUACAAGAGAAGCUGUGGAACAUGGCUGUGCCUUUGUGUCUGAAACAGAAUGCUACAGCAUCAAGUGCUGCACAGCAGAUCCUGGAGGAGACGUACAAGUUGGAGUUCCUGUACAGCGGGCUGGAGACACGUCAGGUGGCAACUAUCCAUAAUGUGCGACUUCAAGCUAAGGCACUACAACUCGUUCUGUCCGCCCGCACCAAACGAGGGGUCGAGCCUCUUCUCGGACUGGGCGAGAAGUUUCUACAGGAAGUGGAGUCCUUUCAGAGGCUCUUCAUGACUGAGCUGCCUCACCUUCAGGACAGUUUUGUGGAAAAGCUUCUAGAACUGAUGCCCAGACUUGUAUCCUGUAAACCUCUGGAUUUAGUAAAGAUCCUCCAGACCACUCUGAGACAGAGCAGAUUCACUCACCUCAAGCUUCCAGAGCAGAUCCACAGAGCUUCAGCUACAAUUAUUGAGCCAACAGGGGAGUCGGACAACCCGCUGCGGUUUACUUCUGGCUUAGUGCUGGCAUUAGACAUCGAUGCCACUUUGGAACACGUCCAGGACCCACAAGCUACAGUUAAAGUGCAGGUACUUUACCCAGAUGGGCAGUCGCACAUAAUUCAUCCUAAACCUGGAGAUUUCAGGGCACCAGGACCAGGAAGGACACGGCUUAUCACUCAAGUGUAUCUGUCUCAUUCAGCAUGGACAGAGCCAUCACAGAUUGAGGUGCAGUUGCUCUUGGCCUACAGCAGUAAACUGGCUUCACCAAAACCAGCCUGGGACGAGAGCUCAGAGGCCCUGCCAACAACUGAAAGCUCGAUCGAAGGCACCAUCCAUCUGAGCAAACCGGUCAAGGUCUUCAUCAUGCCUAAACCUGCUCGGCGCUAACCUGAGACUUUACUUCAAGAUAAAGGUGUAAGAAAGGAACCGUAAAACAUGACCACAACAAAUGACUCAACCGUUUUCCCCUUAACGUUUAUUUUUUCAGAAAAUAUUGAUCUGUAGUUUUUUCUUUUCUUGUAAUAAAAUCUUGUCUUUUGUA